AGAACUAAAACCCAAAAUUAAUUUCGAAUCUCUGAAAGCGAAUUCGGGCAGGAAUCAAACACCCCAAACACAUACAGCUGAUGACUGAUCCAAGGGCAGGCAAAAAUGGAAAAGUAUUAUUCAACGUGUCAUCUCUUUUCCCCCUUCAACAAAUCUCUCUGCUUCCAACUUUGAAUCCGCUCAUCAAUUUCUUACCUCUACAAAACCCUUUGCCUCCCCUGCAAUGUCCACCGAAGAACCCCAGUUGGAAAAUGGAGCCAAACCUGAACCUGAACACAACCCAGAAUCUAAUCCCGUACGUGAGCCUGCACCUAUAUCAGAGCCUGAACCUAAUCUUGCUUCUCAACCACCAUCUGACUCAACACCGGUGGCAAUAACGGAUGCAGAUCCCAAGGCGGAGGAACCGAAAGACGCUUCGAUCCAAUCAAACGAAGCCGACAUAUCUCAAUCCAACGACCAAAAUGCACGUCCCGAGCUGCGAAAAGACGACGGAAGCAGAACGUUCACGAUGAGGGAAUUGCUUAGCGAAUUGAAAACCGAAGAAGGAGACGAUGCCAGCACUCCUCGAAGUCAACAAAGCACACUGCACCCGCAGGCAGAUCAAAAUAGUGCAGCAAUGGAAUUGAUCAAUAGUGUUACAGGGGCUGAUGAAGAAGGUCGGUCUCGCCAAAAGAUUCUUACAUUUGCUGCCAAGAGGUAUGCUAGUGCAAUAGAGAGAAAUCCUGAAGACUAUGAUGCACUGUACAAUUGGGCAUUGGUUCUUCAGGAAAGUGCAGAUAAUGUUAAUCCAGAUUCUACCUCACCUUCUAAAGAUGCUUUACUUGAGGAGGCCUGUAAAAAGUAUGAUGAGGCUACCCGCCUAUGUCCUACACUUCAUGAUGCUUUUUACAAUUGGGCCAUAGCAAUCUCUGAUCGUGCAAAAAUGCGUGGUCGUACAAAGGAGGCUGAAGAACUGUGGAAGCAGGCAACAAAAAAUUAUGAAAAAGCUGUCCAACUUAACUGGAACAGUCCACAGGCACUUAACAAUUGGGGACUUGCUUUGCAGGAACUCAGUGCAAUUGUUCCUGCUCGUGAAAAGCAAAAAAUUGUCAGAACUGCUAUCAGUAAGUUUCGUGCCGCAAUACAGUUGCAAUUUGAUUUCCACCGAGCAAUCUACAAUCUUGGAACUGUUUUGUAUGGAUUAGCAGAGGACACAUUAAGAACUGGGGGUGCAACCAAUCCUAAAGAUGUUUCCCCCAAUGAGUUGUAUAGCCAGUCUGCUAUCUAUAUUGCUGCUGCUCAUGCAUUAAAACCAAAUUACUCUGUAUACAGCAGUGCCUUGAGACUUGUGCGAUCAAUGUUACCGUUACCAUAUCUUAAAGUUGGAUAUCUUACUGCACCUCCAGCAGGGGAAUCAAUUGCACCUCAUAGUGACUGGAAGAGAUCCCAAUUUGUAUUAAAUCAUGAAGGGUUUCAACAGGUUAACCAAUUAGAGCAAAAACAAACUCAGAACCUCUCGGGUAGACCACAUAUUACAAACAGUGAAAACAGGGCUAUCAAAGUGGACAUUCCUGAUAUUGUUUCUGUAUCAGCCUGUGCUGAUCUAACUUUGCCACCUGGUGCAGGCCUCUGCAUUGAUACAAUUCAUGGACCAUUUUACUUUGUUGCUGAUUCAUGGGAAUCCCUGGAAGGAUGGUUGGAUGCAAUCCGUUUAGUUUACACAAUCUAUGCAAGGGGUAAAAGUGAAGUCCUAGCGAGUAUUGUUACAGGCUGAUAAUGUUCAUGAACCAGUGCACUAUAUACACUGUCAAGAUUUAUGGUUCCUGUAUUCAGAUUUUUUUUUUUCCAUUUGAAUAAGAAUUCUGUAUAUUAUAGAAUUUUUGGCACCAUAAUUUUUAUCAAUCUGCUUGAUAUAUUGAAUGUAGAUUCCUCUGUUUUA